AUGGCCAUUAAUAAAGAUUAUAAAUGGACGUCCUCGACAUAUAGUAAACGCACUAAUGGAAUUUUACAACAAAAAUUAGAAAAGUGGAAAGAGGAUACUGAACGAAAUGAUUGGUCUUUUGCAUUAUCAGUAUCAGUGGUACUGUCAGCACCAUUAGCACCAUUAGCAUCAUCAAAAUCAUCAAAAUCAUUAAUAUUAUUAGCACCAUUAGCAUUGAUAGCAUCAUCAGUACCAUUAGUAUCAUUAGCACCAUCAGUACAACCAGUACAGUCAGUACCAUUAGCACUAUCGGCACAACUGGUACAAUCAAUACUAGUAGUAUCGUCAGUACUAUUAGUACCAUCAGCACAAUCAGCACAAUCAGUAUUAGCGGUACCAGUUGUAAAAUCAACAGAAUAUCAGAUUGGAGAUCUUGUAAGAGUAGCUAUUCCUAAAAUUGAUAGAUUUAGUAUUGAUAAUCUUAUUAUUCCAUGUAGAAUUAUGAAAAAAAUUGAAGAUAAAUAUCAAGUUAGAUCAAAGUUUAAAAUAAUUGAAGUUUGUUAUUCUGCUUAUGAGUUAGAACCACUUAGAACAACAUUUUUUCCUGAACUAGAAAAUAUUCCUUUUGAUAAAAUAUCAAUAAGAGAAGCUUUACAGCUUCAAAGUGUUAGAUUAAUAUCAAAGG